AUGAAGUUCGUCGCCGUGUUGCUCGUCACCAUCGCCGUCUUCGCCUACGGUACGAAGGGUUUGUGUAGCCCGUCGCCCAUGAUACUUUUCAGCCGACGACGCCGAGGCGCCGGCUCCGACCGCCGCACCAGCCGAAGUCGUCUCCGGAGCAGUCGAGGGCGGAGAAGGUGUCGUCACGAAGAACGUCGCGGAGGUUUCCGGAAGUGCCGACGGAGCAUCGCAGGCUCCAGUUGAGGUAUUGCAGAGAUAGAAAGGCACUACGCAUACGGCUGUGUAAAUCCGUUUCUCACUGAGGAACAUUCCGACAGGGUCUUGGAGCAAAUGCUUGAACGCUUUAUGCUCAGGUUCAGGCUCAAGCUUGAGAGCCUUUGGAUUUGCCGUUUCCGCGCUCACUUCAAUCGAUUCCCGGAUUCCAAAUAACCUAUUAUUGUAGUGCAAGUUCAAUUCAAUUCUUGGAGCCCUGAUUGUAGUACAAUAUCUUGUUGCCUUCAAUCAAAAGCUCACGAAUUUUGCGAAACCGCUCUCGUACCCGAUUUUAUGUAACCAUAAACGGCCCCCGGUGUUCCUCUUUCGAAAUCGGUGAUCGUAAAAAGAUCGGCAACAACGCACAAAAACUGUUUAGUGUUUCAAAAUUUCCAUAACCUUUCGGUCACUUUUUCUAGUCUACAAUAAGAUAUACGAUUAAAAAAGUGGAAAUUUUUCAGGCGGUGACAGGAUCGACAGUGUCCGCCGGACCGGCUUCCCCGUCGGCUGCUCCGUCCGUCGAAUCGACCACGAAAGGCUCCGCCCACUUUGCUCCGCUCUCCUCGGCUCUUCUCGUCUUCGGAUACUUCCUCGCUCGAUGA